UAAUGGCAUUUCGUUUCAAAGUAAUUAAACGAGACUUCUUUUAAAAAUAUAAAAGGAGCCUAAAAAAGCCAUUUUUUUUUAAAUAGUUAUAGAAGCGCAAAGGCUCACCAAAAUACAGUAAAUAAAGCAAUAAAAAAUGAAAUCGUUCUACAUUUUGCUAGCGACGAGUGUUUUUAAUGCAAUAGAUUGCCAGGUCAUAGAGAAGUGCCAAUGGAGUGCGCAUACAACAAUUGAAACCUCAAACUCUCAACCUCCAACAUAUGCCGUAAAUUUAGACCAGCCUGCAAGUGAACGCUGGAAAGAUAUUGUAGCCCCUCGUAAAGAACAGAUUUUAAACUUUGUAAAUUAUAUAAAAGAAUUUGUGCCUUCACUAUUUUCGUACGCAGUGUCUACUUGGUUGGGAAUGGCAGUGCAUAAACUUCCAAAACCUUUAGACGAAGAAAUCAUAGGAAUAGCCAAAACUUUGCAAAUGCCGAUAGGGGACAUAAUGGCGUGUAAUAUUUUCUACGAGUUAGAGAAGCUUUGCACAUCAAUUAUAACAAGUGAUGAUCAAGGUAAUAUCUAUCAUGGAAGAAAUCUAGAUCUUGGUGUUUUUAUGGGGUGGGAUUUGAAAAAAAAUUCAUGGAAAGUUGCUGAACUAUUAAAGCCAUUAACCAUCAACGUUGAUUUUGUGCUAAAUGGAAAAGUUCUAUUUAAAUCUGUGCAGUUUGCUGGAACAGUUGGUAUAUUCACAGGAGUUGCACCUGGAAAGUUUUCAUUCAGUUUAAAUUCUAGAAGCUCUAAUGAACUGUUUGCAGGGCCUAAAAGUGUUAUAACUUGGCUUCUAUCAUUUGAGAAAAAGAAAUUCGCUAGUCUCUGGGCAAGAACUGUGAUGGAAAAAGCUCAAAGCUAUCAACAUGCUAAGGAGAUGUUAUCAACAGAGCCUUUGUUAGCACCUGUUUAUUAUAUACUUGCCGGAAUAAAAUUAAAUGAAGGUGUCAUAAUUUCAAGAUCAAAUACUGAGAGUUUAAAUCCUGUUGAACUUUCCUCGACCACUUGGUAUUUGGUGCAAACAAACUAUGAUCAUUGGGAAAUUGCUCCAUUUUAUGAUGAUAGAAGAACUCCGACAAUAUUAUGCUUGAAUGAAAUUGCAGGCAAUUUAAAAAGCAACAAUGGAACAGCUAUUAAUCAACACUCAAUUUUGUAUGACGUGUUAUCAACAAUACCAAUCGAAAAUAAGGCUACCAUAUACACUGCAAUAAUGAACGCCAAAUCAGGUACGGUUGAUAGUUAUCUCAGAAAUUGCCCUGGAACAUGCUAUCCUUGGUAAAUAAAUUAGAAAGAUGAACUAUCGUUGCACAAAUGCAGAUGUGGUUUGCUUGUUACAAGGUUACGCUUUGUACUGUUUCUACAUGUUUUUAUCAAAAAAGAGAAGAAAUUUUAUUUAUGGUACUUUUAGUGGAGUUCAAUCUACCAAUGGUGAAAAGAUUCUUCAAUUUUAUGAAGACUAAAAACUCAUAAACGAUUAAACACCUUCUUGUAAAAAAGUAGUUUUCCUGUUAUGAAGCGCGACAAAUGUCUCAUAACGAUAACACAUGUAAACAUAAAUGUUUACUAGUUAAUAUUCAUUAGAUGCUUAACAAAUCUUUACUUGAUAUUAAACUUUCUGAGGUAUUACCUUUUUGCGAGAUUUAA